UAGCUUUAAUUUUUGACUUUGACCUCAGUUAUGGGAGCUCUCACUGCUUAUGAGACUCGACAACAAACAACACGACUCAAUUUGUUAACAUACACUCCUACCUCUUCACUCGAGACUGCUCUGUUUGGACCUGUCAUUGCUCCUGUUAUGAAUCAUACUUCUCAACUGGCUCCCUCUCUACAUGCUCGAUCUAAGCUCUCUUAUAAAUAUUACAAGGAAGGACACCGCAUUGAGACAUGGUUCAAGUUUCAUCCUGAGUUACGUUCCUCAUGUACUGGUCGUGGUCGGCGACCCCCUCAGUCUCAACCCUCUCGUACAUCAGGAUUGCUGGCCAAUACAAUACCUUCUACCACUUCAGACACUACUAUUCAAGCUAUUGAAGGAUCCACAGACGGACAAGACGGUUGGGGCGGGUCGUAGGAGGCACAAAUUGUAUUUUCUGAAAUAUCUUCACCUUUCAGAGUUCAUAUAAAAGGCUAGAGAGUCUUAUUCAGUCUGGAGUACUUGGUCCUGUAUCAUCUAGUUCUAGUAUUGAGUCAUGUACUGGUUGUAAAUUGGCUAGAUUCACUGUUUUACCAUUUAAAAUGAGUACAUAUGUAUCAACUUUCUUAUUUGAUUUAGUACAUUUUGAUAUUUG